GUUUCUGUCCAAACACUGUGCUGUCAGUUUGAAGUCUGACCUGUCCUGCUGUUUCUGGGGGAUUUCGGCGGUCAUUUAAAGCCCGUCCUCCGUCUGUCUGCACCCGGAGUGAAAUGUCCGCGGUGAUUCCUCGUAUUGAGCAGCUGUCGGCGCGAGUGGUCCGGGUUUUGGGAUGUAACCCGGGGCCAAUGACACUGCAGGGCACCAACACAUACCUGGUGGGCACGGGCAGAAGACGAGUGUUAAUUGACGCAGGUGAGCGCGCGGUACCGGAGUAUAUCGUCAGUCUGCGCGAGGCUCUGAAACAGCACGAUACUUCAAUACAACACAUUGUAGUCACACACUGGCAUCACGACCACACUGGAGGAGUGCAGGACAUACUCACACACUUCAACACAGAUGCAGAGCUGAGGGUCAGUAAACUGCCCCGCUGUCCUCCACAGGAAGAGAUCAUUGGAGACGAUAAGAAGAAAUAUUCAUAUCUAAAUGACGGAGAUGUAAUACAGACGGAAGGGGCCACGUUACGUGUGCUGUUUACGCCGGGACACACAGAUGAUCACAUGGCAUUGCUCCUGGAGGAGGAACAGGCGGUGUUUUCAGGUGACUGCAUUCUGGGUGAGGGCACGGCUGUGUUCGAGGACCUCCAUGAUUAUAUGAAGUCAUUGCAGAAGCUCCUCAGCAUAAAGGCAGACCUCAUAUAUCCAGGUCAUGGACCGGUGGUCCACGAUGCAGGUUCUAAGAUCCAUGAGUAUAUAAUCCACCGAAAUGCAAGAGAACAGCAGAUCCUGAACGUUCUGCUGGAGAACAGCGGCACCGCAUUCACCUCCAGUGAACUGGUCAAAGUGGUGUACAAGGAGACCCCUGAACACCUGCACAGAGCAGCAGAGUUUAACUUGUUGCACCAUUUAAGGAAACUGCUGAAGGAUGGAAAAAUAUGCCUGGCUGAAGGCUCAGAUGACAAGAAGUGGAAGAGCAAUUUGUGAUUUGUCUUUGGCUCUGCACACUAAUCACAGUGCCACAGUGCCUAAUAACGUUUUUACAGUGGACUGAGAGGAAUUUAUUUGAUCAAUAUUAAACACUUCUGAGGAGACUGGGACUAGAUGUCAAUAUUUCAUGUAAUGUAAACAAAAAUAAAGAUUAAAUUGUUUUGGUA